UUUUCAUCGUCAUCGUUCGGCGCGCAAGACCCCACGACCAAGACAACCAAGGCAAGCAAGGCAAGCCAACCGAAGCAAGACGAACAACACAAAGGAAAGAAAGAACCCAGCAAGCAAGCCAGAACAGCGACUGCGUGUCAGAGCGAAAGCACGGCAAGGCCAACGAACGAACGAACGAACGAACGACUGCCUGACUGACUGCGAUAACCAAACAAGGAACACCAACCAUGGCUGAAGUUGACUGGAAGAACAUCGAGCUGCGUGAGGACGAGCUUGAGGAGAGCCGUGAAAUCUUCAAAGAGUUUGACCAAGAUGGCAACGGCAACGUGACGGUGGAGGAGCUGGACGCCCUGUUCAAGCGCCUCGGCGAGCCCGUGCCCGGCUACCGCCUGCGUGAGAUGAUCGCCGAGGUGGACACGGACAAGAGCGGCACUGUGGACUUUGACGAGUUCAUCAACAUGAUGAAGAAGGCGCGCGCCAGUGGGGGGAAGUCCGCCUCCAGCAUGUACAAGCUCACCGGCAAGGUCAAGAAGCUCAAGAAGCUUGGUGGCAACUCCAAGGCCUCGUCAGCAGAAACCACCCAUUCCUUCAGCGAGGAAGAAGCCAUUGCGUUUGGCGACUGGAUCAACUACUCGCUGGGCGAGGACGCCGACCUCUCCAAGAAGCUGCCCCUUGACGUCUCCACGGAUGCUGGCGUGGAGAAGCUGUUUGAGAUUGUCAAGGACGGGAUUGUGCUGGCCAAGCUGAUCAACAGCGCGGAGCCAGGCACCAUUGACGAGCGCGCGCUCAACAAGUCCAACCUCAACAGCUUCCGCAUUGGCGAGAACCAGACGCUUGUUGUCAACUCCGCCGCGGCCAUUGGCGUCAACAUCACCAACAUUGGGCCCGAGGACCUGUCGUGCGGCACCCCGCACAUUGUCCUGGGCCUCCUGUGGCAGAUUAUUCGCAUCGGCCUGUUCAACAAGAUCAACAUCAAGGAGUGCCCGGGCCUCUCGGCGCUCCUCAAGGACGGCGAAGAGCUCAAGGAACUCCUCGCCCUCAGCCCAGAGGAGCUGCUGCUGCGCUGGGUCAACUUCCACCUCGCCAACGCAGGCUGCUUCCGCCGCAUCAACAACUUUGGCUCAGACAUUGCUGACUCUGAGGCCUACACGUACCUGCUCACGCAGAUUGCGCCCCGCGAGUACGGCUUUGAUCUCUCUCCUCUGGAUCCGACGGACCAUGAGGAGCGCGCGAGGCGUGUGCUGGACGAGGCAGCCAAGCUCGACUGCGCCAAAUUUGUGCGGCCCAAGGACAUUGCAAAGGGCAACCGCAAGCUGAACCUUGCCUUUGUUGCGAACCUGUUCAACACGUGGCCCGGCCUGGAGACGGCAGACGAGAUUGACCCGUUUGCAGAGGGCGACAUCGAGGAGACGCGCGAGGAGAAGACCUUCCGCAACUGGAUGAACAGCCUGGGCGUGAACCCGCUUGUGCACCACCUGUAUGCGGACCUCAACAGCGGCCUUGUUCUGCUGCAGCUCAUCGACAAGAUCAAGCCCGGUAUCGUGAACUGGGACAAGGUCAACAAGCCCCCCUUCAAGAAGCUGUUUGCGCAAAUGAAGAUGAUUGAGAACUGCAACUACGCUGUUGAGCUUGGGCGCCAGCUUGGCCUGUCGCUUGUUGGCAUUGCGGGCAGCGACAUCUACCAGGGCGUGCAGAAGCUGAUUCUCGGCUUUGCGUGGCAGCUCAUGCGCGCGUACACACUCAAGAUCCUGCAGCAGCUCUCUGGCUCGGACAAGCCCAUCACGGACGAGCAGGUGCUUGAGUUUGUGAACCAGCGGCUGAGCGAGGGCGGGUACGACACCAUCAGGAGCUUCAAGGACGACUCCAUCGCCACGAGCCGCCCCAUCCUCAACCUCAUCUCCACCAUCCGGCCCAACGCCUUCCGGGAGGACAUGGUCACCGCUGCGGAGACGGACGAGGACAAGCUUGCCAACGCCAAGUACACCAUCACCAUCGCCCGCAAGAUUGGUGCCGGCGUCUACGCGCUUCCGGAGGACAUUGUGGAGGUCAAGCCGAAGAUGCUUCUGACCAUCUUUGCGUGCUUGCAGGAGCUCUGCAUGCGCCUCCAGAAGCAAUGAUGACCAUUGUUUCCUCCUUGUUUCCCCAUGUCUCCUUGAUGUGAAAUGAUGGAAUUCCUUCCAUGUUGACUGUGUACUUUCGUUUUGUAUGUUGUAUGCUUUGCCUUGCGUCUUUUCUUUCUUUCUUUACAUUACCUAGCCUUCUAACAAUGUCACAGUGGUCUCUUGUGUGUUUCCUUGACUUGCUUGCUUGCUUGUUUGCUGUCCCUUGGAAGAAGAAGAAGAAGCGGCCAAACCCCUGCUUUCUUCAACCCUUUUUUUUUUUUUUGCGUGUUGCUUGUUUCUUUUCUUUCUUUCCUUUUUUCCUCCGCCCUCUCUCUCCCUCCUUUCCAAUGGAGCCCCCUCCACAGUUGCAUUCCUGAAGGGCCGGCCCAACUUGUUAUGCCCUGUGUGUGCGCGCGUGAAACAACUGUCAAACAAACAAACCAAGAAGCCAAAGAGAGAGUCAGCACACAAGAGGAAGCCAAC